AUGGCUUUCUCUUCUGCGGAUAUACAGACAUUGAGAGAGUUGUAUCGCUGCAACCGACCGAAAUCAAACAGUUGCCGGAUCACAGCAGUGCCCAUUCGACAACAUGGCACCCAAGCGAAAGCGCAGCAGCACCGAAGCGACGACACGCCUAAGACUCCAGUCAAAACCAAGAACGCCACGAACACGAAGGACUUCAAGGCCAAGGAAGCCAACAGUCCAGAGCCUCCACCUGCACCCAAGAAGCGCGCCGCUGAGGGCCUAUGGUUCAGAAAGGAUGAGAACAACGAGCUAGCCGUCAUUGGCGCGGAGGAGAGCGUUGCGGAGCAGGCGAUUGAUUACUACGCAGACGACUCCGACGACUCAGACUACGUCGACGACUCCGAUGCUGAGAUUGUGGACAGCGUCCCCGACGGAAAAUGCGACUAUGGCGACCUAGAGGAAGAAGGCGACAUCUAUGUAAUCUUGCUCAAGAGCGGCGACUUCGUCAAGGAGGAGGAACAUGAGGCCCAGGAUCCGGAGCACAAGACCUGUGUUUUGGAUGUUAAGGAGGAUCAUGUCGUUAAGCAGCACUGA